UCCAAAGACUACAUCACAGCAGGCAUCAUUGAUGGGGGGAUCUUUAUCACUGUGAACCUUGGAUCUGGGAUGUAUAAAGCUGAGAUCCGUCCGCCCCACACAAGGUUUGAUGACAACCGCUGGCACCAACUCAUCAUUCACAGGGAGGCUAAAGAGCUUACUAGGGACGAAGGUGUUUGUUAUAUCUACGUUGAACUGGAUGGGAUGUACAAAGAGCAAGGGAGCACGUCGGGGAAAUUUGUGCGGCUCACUAGCAACGUACUGUAUGUUGCUGGCAGUCCCAACACGGAGAAGUUGGCUGGGUCUAAAGUCAGGACCAACUUCAAAGGUUGCAUGAGAAAAGUCAGAUACCAGGCAGACAGCAUCAGAAUAGACAUUACAGAACUGGCCCGCAAAGCCCACAGUCUGCUGGAGAUUGUGGGGGAGGUGAUCUUUGACAAAUGCCAGGAGCUUGUGGAGUCUCAACCUGUCACGUUUGAGGCCCCUGGCUCAUUUUUAACUGUCCCCACAUGGGACAGGUCAAGUAUGAAGGGGUCUCUGGCUUUUCAGUUGAGAACCGUCGAGCCCGGGGGUUUGUUGAUGUACAGCAACGGUGACCGGGAUAGUAAGGACUUUUUUGCGUUAGAGUUGCUGGACGGUUAUCUCUACCUGAUACUGGACAUUGGCUCAGGUGUUCAGAAGAUCCAAGGCAGCAAGACUCAAGUGUCUGAUGGUGCCCCCCAUGAUAUUUACUUUGAGUUUGCAGACAACAAAGGAUACAUUUCUGUGGAUGGAUUAAAGGAAUCUUUUACCUCGGCUAAAAUAUCUGACAGAUUUGAUUUCCAUGGGCACUUGUAUGUCGGAGGUUUAGGUCCUGAAAUUAAUAUUACCUCCCUGCCUAAAGAGCUCUGGGCUGUUAUGCUAGGGCUGUCCUACGUUGGCUGCUUGCAGGAUCUAGUUGUCAAUGGCAACCAGGUGGAUUUAAUGGCUGCUGCAAAAAUACAGAAUAAAUCUCAUGUUGUUGGGCAUUGUAAAAAGACAGAGCCCCAAUGCAGUAGUUACCCAUGUAGCCACCAGGGCACAUGCAUAGAAGGCUGGAACAGAUUCACUUGUGACUGUAGGGCCACUGGCUUUGUUGGCAGUGUCUGCCAAACUGCUGCUGUCACCUUAAGGUUUGAUGGGACACAGUUUAUGAAAGUGACCAUGAACAAAGAAUCUCUGACACAGGCAGAAGACAUCUCACUGAGAUUUAGAACCAUGCACCCCUCCGGUCUGCUUUUCUUGACCUCUGGUCAGCACGACGAAGGCAUGGAGUUGUACCUUCAGGAAGGCACAAUUUAUUUAUCUGUCAAUGUGGGGAGUGGAGCAAAGAUUCUCUCAGCAGGAAACACCCUGAAUGAUGACCGCUGGCAUACUGUUUUUAUCAAGCGGCGCGUGCAUACUGUUGAUUUAUCUAUAGAUCAAGACCGCCCUGUUACAGAUAAAAUUCCAGGCAACACUUUCACAUUGGCUACUUCAAGAAUUUUGGUUGGUCAUGUCGUAGCAUCGACCACUGCCAAUGCAGACGUACCAGGCCAAGCCAAGGAGAUAGGCAUGCGUAGCGUGGAGACAGGUCACAUGGUACAGCAGGAUGAAGCUGCCACCGGUCGCCACUCAGGUUUCAUUGGGUCUAUGCAGUCUUUCAUUUUUAACGGGAACCAUUACUUCCAGAUGGCCAAAGCAGGCUCGGCUGAUAACAUAAACACCUCCGCACGCUUCAGCUCAGACGAUUAUGUGGUCAGAGACCCAGUCACCUUCAAAUCUGUUGAUGCCUUUGCCAUUUUGCCUCGGCUGCACGCCAUUGAGAAAUACACUGUGACAUUUCAAUUUAAAACCACAGAGAGCAACGGUCUCAUCUUGUACAAUGGGGGCAAGGAGCAGGAUUUUUUUGCCAUGGAGCUGCAGGAUGGGUUUUUGUUCUAUGUUUACAACAUGGGGGACGGCGCCCAAAGGGUUAAGGCCAACACUAAGAACCCAAUCAAUGACAACAAAUGGCAUGAGGUACUCCUGUUAAGAGGGGAUGCCCCCAAACAACUGCUACGUGUAGAUGAAUCAUCAGCUAUAACAGAUGACCUCUCUAAUAAAAAAAAUACAAGAUUUGACCUGGAUGGUCACCUGUAUGUGGGUGGUGUCCGCAAAACUAUGUACCCAUCGCUUCCUAAACAUAUAACAUCUCGCCAUGGAUUUGUCGGAUGUUUAGGGUCCCUGGAUUUUAAUCAGUACAUGCCUAAUUUGUUGCGUGAGGCUAGCCCAAUACAUGAGAGUGUUGGGGAUGGCUGUCGUGGUCCAGUAGACCAAUGUGUCAAUGACUCAUGUGCCAACCAUGGGCGAUGUGUCCAACAGUGGAACUCCUACAGAUGUGAUUGUGAUAUGACAUCCUUCACUGGUCCAGUGUGCAAAGAAGAAAGUGUAUCUUUCAAGUUCGGACCUGGCCCAGGGUUGAUAACAUUCACACAUCCUGAAGGGGAGCAACCUUCAACCAAUUUUGAAAAUAUUGCCUUUGGCUUUCAAACAUUCCAGGAUGAGGCAGUUUUGAUUAGGAUGGAUAGUCGCAACUUCAAUGACUUUAUUCAGUUGGAAUUGAUAAAUGGUAAUGUAUAUCUGAUCUACAACAUGGGGACAAUCAACCACCCAUUGGGCAAUUUUUAUCAGAAGGUGAACGACGGCCGCUACCACGUGGUCAGGUUCACUAGAGUUGGGCCUAACGCGACCUUACAGAUUGACUCUGAGGCUCCGCAGGUGAAAACACCCACAGGUCAGCAGAGCCACACCUUCAACAACCAGGCCUUUAUAAGAAUUGGUGGCAAAAAGGCUGGGAACGGGAGCAUCAUACAGCACUUUGAAGGCAUCAUAUCAGGCUUGGUCAUCAAUGGUGUCCACAUAUUUGAACUGGCCAAACAAAACGACUCAAAAAUUAAACUAGAAGGGAAUGUAAUUCUCAACCAACACAAAGCCCCUUUAAAGCCUUCAUUACUGCCAGAUGAUGAUGUAGAGGAGAUGCAGUCCACACAAGGGCACACGACCACAAAAGAAGGCGUGACAGACGACAUCAUCUUCACUGGCCCGGGCUCGGGCUGUCAGUUUGACGAUGAAGAAGACUGCUCCAUCAACGGAUCUGGGGUGGACGAGGAAAUCAUCACCGCUGUCGUCAUCGUUAAGACCACACCCACCCCACCCACAACAACAUUUAAACAAUCGCCAUCUUUGUGCGAGGGCCCUGAGUGUGAAACCUCGUCCAAACUUCAUCCGUUCAAUGGGGAUCCUUCAUCUACACCCUCAAGGAUUGAGAACGGCUAUGUUGAUGGUGACAAGGAUAUUGUGGACCAAAGUACGGCCGAACCAAGCAAAACUGUGGAUGGAGACAAGGACGACGACUCUGGUAUCAACUUAGGUCUCAUCCUGGGCAUCACAGGCAGCGUGCUGGUGGCAGUGAUUGUCUUAUGUAUCGCUCUCUGUAAACUUCGGAGCAGGGACGAGGGCACCUACAAGGUGGAUGAAACCCAGAACUUUUCCUCCCUCCAAUCUAAAAAAUCCCAGGGUAACGGGGCCAUGACACUGGGGAGCGAGUCUGGAAGUGGGAAGAGAGGCAAGAAGAAAGACGUGAAGGAGUGGUAUGUCUGAUGUUUUAGCCGCCAUGUAGGAUUAUGUUUCUUAAAUUUUUAAAAAACAAAACAAAGCAUUAUCCUUUUGUGCAAUUGAUCUUUCUGCCAUGUAGGGUUUAGCUAGAUGAAUAAGUUUUUACAUUCUUUAAUUGUUAAAAAAAUAAAUAAAUUCCGUGUCGCAAGCUCUUCUGUUAAGAACUCACAAAAAUCAUUCGUCUCAUUCAACAUUCCAAAACUGUCCAGUCACAGUUAUGAUAUACAAUUUAGACAAGAGAAUAGUUUUAAUUUACUAGUACUAGUGAAUUUGAUAUAUAAAUAGAAAACAUAAUGUUUAAUGAUUUGGUUAUUAGAGACAGACCUAAGUGUAAAAAUUGUUCAAAACUUGAUGGUGCUUGAUCUUAGGGUUUUGUAUGUUGUUAUCAGUGGCGUAGGCCAGGGGUUUUGUGGGAAGGUCUUAAAAACCACUGUUACUUUUUAAAAUUUAUUUAGUUUUAUAUAUAUAUAUAUAUAUAUAUAUAUAUAUAUAUAUAUAUAUAUAUAUAUAUAUAUAUAUAUAUAUAUAUAUGUAUAUGGGGGAGAAUUUUGAACCCUCUCCUUGACCAAUUCCUGGCUUUGCCACUGGUUGUUACUAGACUAUUACCAUAUUGGGCGACAGGAAGUAGACUGCUAUUGUGAAUCAAAAGUUGUUCUGUACAGCAGACAUUUUUGUGUGGAUAUUUUUUGUACCUACCUCUUAUUUCAGGAAUGUUUCACUAGAAUACAUUAGCUAGUCUUUGUUGAAGAACUUGUACCAUUAAAAUGCUUCAUCUGUGGGUGAAAUAACUCUCCAGGGAGAGGAGGUUUAAAAAAAAUGAAUGCUGUCAACAGUAACAGUUGAUGUUGUGUAAAAAAAAUUCUGGCAGAUUAUGAUCUGCAAUGUUGUUUUUUUUUUGCUUCUUUAAGCGUGUUUGGCUAAUACUGAAAGAGUGUUUGCUAUUUAUUGUUUGAAAGGUCAGCUGAUAGCUUAGAUAGUUCUUGCUUCAUCCAGGCUAUGGAAGCUGAUUGGUUCAUUUCUUUUGUAAAUACAUCCUGUAAUUCAAUGCAAUUGUAAACAAAUGUGUCAUGUGACAGACUCCAUUUGAUUUGUAAUAGGGCUGUUACUGCCCAACUUUCCUAGACUAAUAGCUUAGUGGGACUCGAUAUAUUUAGACCAAUGACAACACAAAGGUCUCAACUUUUCUAGACCAGCUGCACUAAUAACUUUGGGACUCUAUUUAUUUAGACCAAUGACAACACGGAGGUCUCAACUUUUCUAGGCCACCUAGCAUGGUGUCACAAACGGUUCCCAGACAAAAUGUGCAAACUGAAAACUGUGCAAACAGAAAUAUGCGCAAACACAUACUAGUUAUACUAAUACACUUUAAAUUUGUCAUAUUUUGUGGAAAAGUGUUUUAUUUAUGCUACAACGUACAUGUUGUCAUUCUUUGUUAAUGUCUAUAAAUGCUUUGUUUAAGAAAACAAAAUUGCCCUUGCACACUUUUUUGUUUCGCAGUUUUCCAUUUUGCAUCUUCUGUAAAAAAAAAAAAAAGAAAACAGAAGCCUGACUUGAUUAACUACAAUCAGGAUUUCUCUUAUUAAGAUCAGUGAUAACAUCCAACAAUUGUAGAUCAAACACACUGGUCAUAUGAAUAGGUCCCAAUAUUUCUAGACCAACUAACAUGGUGUCCUAAAUUAGGCCCUGACUUUACUAGACUAACUAUAGUUAAGGAAAGUCUUGACGGUUAGUCCACUAACAGUCAGAAUUUUCCUUUUUGUUUUAAAAAAGUGACAACUUUUCUAAACCACCUACUUUGCCUGACCAACUGAUCAUUUUUUUUACAUUUUAUCCUGGUUAUUAUUCAGUAGCUAGGCAGUCCACAUAUAGUGUAAACAACAUGGUAUGCAGGGUAGAGCCAAGUGGUAUGCUUGGUUGUUUUUUUUAUAAUUCACAUGACUUCAUGCCAUUGUAAAAUGUAUGUCUUCUGUAUACUUAUUAGAGAAAUCAGGGUACAACAAGUUAAAAAAAUCUGAGAACCACUUGGUCGAGGGGUAGAGCAUACAACUGUUAACCCAGAAGUCUCGAGUUCAGAUCCUGCGCUGCCUGAUGGGUACCUAACUCAUGUUAGGGAAAUUAAAGCUAGCUGGGCAUAGUGCCGACCAAUAUCUUCAUAUGCCAUGGUCCCCAGAAACAGGUGCUCUACUUGACUUGCCCCCAUGGGCUAUCAGGUUCAAAAAGGAACUUUGCUUAUGUGUGUGUAGAGUUACUGGGUGCCAGAUGAGAAUUCCACUACCAAAAUGGUCAGGCUACGAACCAAGUUCUUGUGUAACUUCUUUGUCAAACAUUGAUAACUGCCUCACAUGUAACACUACAGUAUAGUUAAGCAUAAAGAAUAACAAAAGCAUAGAGUAAAUUACAAUGGAGCUGCUCUGUAUAUAGCUGAAUGCAAUAUUCAUAUGUCAAGUUCCCUUUCGGACCUGGCAGUCCACAGUUGCAGGUGAAAUUGAGUUCACCUGUUUCUAUGACCUUAUCGUAUUAAUAUGAUAUAUGGUUCCUUAUGUUAGAGAUUCAGGCACUUGUUGGACAUUUUCUUCCCUAUUGCUGACUUGUAAUUUCACAUACUGUAAGUAAUCUUAUAACUUUGUUCAUGGUAAAAUGUAAACUGUAAACUUCAAAUAUUUUAGAAUAUUUUACAAACAAAUUCAAGCACCAUUCUAAUGGAGAAUUGUAUCUAAUAAUCUACAAAUAUUGUAGAGCCAAACAAAAUUUUUUAGAAUUAAAAUGUAUCAGAAUAUCUUCAAAUUCUUGUCUAUCCUAACAUCAUUGAUCAUGUGUUCAACCAUUACCCAAAUGUUACUGAUGAAAGCUGAUUAAGGAUUGGCCAGAUUUUUAUACUUUAGUAGGUGCUAAUAAAUUCUUGUAAAAUGGCACAUAAGUGGCCCACAUUUCAUUACGUUUUUUUUUAAACUUAAAACUUGACAAUUAAGUUUAGUUAUAAUCAAACAAAUUGCUAAAGAGAAUCCCACCCAUACAAUUAAAUGUGGGUAAUUAAAAAUUUACCUCAUCAAUUGUAUUCUGCCAGAACUCCACUGUCUAUUAUUUUUCUGUUUCUUGUUUUGAAUCUCUGAAGUUCUAGGCUAUAAGUCAAGCUAACCAAGUAGUCGCUGUACAUAUCAAUCAGCAGCCUGCUUUUGGUGUCAUUCAAAUAUUCCACUCUCUCUAGAUAGAUUGUAUUUUUUAUCAACAAAUGGAAUUACUAGAUAGAUGAUUUUUUUUAUUGACAAAUGGAAUGAUAAAUACAUUUUUAAACAUUUUUUUUUAGAAAUCUGUUAUACAAAAUUAUGAACCAUCAGUUUUGUUUCUUUAAAAAUAUGUAAACUGUUAAACUUUUUUAUAAAUUUGACAUUGUGUAGCACUGAUACAUGGGACCAUAUUUAUUUGGGGUCUUUUUUUUAAUAAAGUAACCCCAAUCCUAUGACAAAAGGGAAAUAACAAAACAAAAAGGUAUUUAUAACUUGUGGGGAAUUU